AUGGAAUUUCUUCUGAUUGCGGACUUAAUAUCCUCUUUACCUUUAUUCCAUCAUCGUGCAACCAUGUGUGAGUCAGCUAUAGCAGGAGUGUAUCUAGGAGAAGGUGGCAUGAGGUAUCAUACCUCAGAAAGUUAUUUUUAGAUUUUUUCAAGAGUUUUCCCAGCAAAUGAGAAAAACCGAGAGAACAUGGAAAAUCGAUAAAAACGUAGAAAAACGGGAAAAUCGGUACAAUAUUACCGGUAAUCGGUAAUAACAAAUAUUAUUAAAGAAAAUAUAAUAUGACAUAUAUAUUGUUGACAAAGCAUCACUAUUUAACUGAACUCCACUCAGAAUCGUUUUUAGUAAGCAAUUAAUUAGUAUUGCUUAGAUACAAAUUAAUUUCCCCUCUAUAUCUUACCUUCCCAACUUUUCACCAACAACAGUGGCUGCACCCAUCGUACAAAAUAUGCUCUUCUUUUUAGAUGAUUUUAAGCGUGGCGAUAAAUGUAUUGGUAUAAUAAAAUAUAAUAAUUUAAAUUAAAAAUAAUUAAUAAUAAUAAUCAAAUUUAAUUUAAAAAUAAAUGUAUUGUAAUAUAUUACAAUAUUAUGUGUUUUUUAAAUUUGUUACCUAUAUCUGUAAACAACUUUUCUACCAGAAAUCUUUCUCUAAUCAAAAACACCAUAGAAACACACUCUGGUAGAAUUUUAAUAGUGUAGGUAAUAAAAAUGAUCAGAUUCUUUCACACAGUAGGUUAAAAGAUGCGAAGUUUUCACUCUUUAAAAAUUAUGGUUAUGCUAUUGAACUAAAUAGUAACUACACGUUCGUUGCCGCAUCCUUAUCUCUUAUACAUCUAUACAAAUUCAUCGUCGUAUUUUUAUCUAUACCAAAUGCUCCAUUGCUUCACUAUAAUAUUCUUUAACAAUUUUUUUCGUCUUCUAUUGGAAAACGUAAAAAAAAACAAACGGUUUCCAUCGAAAAAUCGCAAUGUUGAGAUUUGUAGAUUUGACGAUGCUGUAGAUAAAAAAUAAUAAUCGAAUCGCGUGGAAUUUCGCAAAACGUGUGACACGAACGCCGUAUUUACGAUAUUUUUGAACCGAAAAUAAUAUCGUGUAAACACGGUUCAAGAACCUCAUAUUUGUAUGUUGGUAACCGAAUAUUACCAAAAACGUAUACUUACGCUCGGAUAACAAAUCUACGGAAUCAUAAUUAUUGUAGGUUUAGGUGUAUAAAACUCCUGCACGCGGGUGUGUUGUAACGAAUUUUUAUUCCAUAAAUGCACUGCGUGAAUUAUUUUUAUGAGAUAAUAAUAAUGUUGAGUAAGUUUUUAUUAACCUAUGUGUAUUUAUAAAUAAACCCAAUGUAAAACAAUUUUUGUAAUAAGUCGACAAAAAAAAAAAAAAAAAAACAAAAUAUUAUCUAAGUCUGUACAAUUUUUCCAACGAGUAAUAUUUGUACGAAAACUAUUGAAAUGAGGAAGAUUAGACCCUCCUAUAAUCAGUAACGUAUUCGGGUGGUUGAGGAAGUAUUGUAGGGAAAUAUAUCUCUUUGGAAUUUGAGCGGUCGUGUACAGCACGGAUGGUGACAGUGGUGGUAUAGACACUGCGGCGGGUAAUAGUAUCAACCAAAGAGAAUUGCAUUGAAUGAAUGAAUUAUUUGUUGUAAUUCAGUGAGACAAUUGUAGAGACUUGACUUUAUUUUUAUCGAACGCUAGUAAUGCGUUUUUUUCUAGACAAUGGUAAAAUGUUCAAAACAUUUUUGCUAUUUUCGAGCUAUUUACGGACAAUUUGACAUUUUUCGAGUUUUUAUUUGGUUUUACGCGGGCAAAAUUGUUUUGACCGAGCAGACAUAUUUUAAAAUGUCACACCUAGGUCCGUCAUAAGUUGUAUUUAAUGGUGGUGUAUGCAUAACAAUAUCAUAUAGAACGCUGAUGGGUAUCUACUUAACACGUUUUAACAUUUACAACAUACGUACGUGUCAAAAUGAUUGAAGAGGCAAUUUGAAUAGCACGCAAUUAAUGUAUACAGAAUACGAUAAUAAUAUGUAAUUGUUAAUUACAUAGCACAAUAUUAUAAAUUAUAAUACGGCGACCAUUAUCAUUAUUAUUGUAUUUACAUUAUAUGUUAUGAUAUGGUGGCCAUCGUCGUUAUUAUAAUAUUUACAACUGAUAUCGACGAUUCUUUAAUUUUUUAACCGAAUUCAUUGAUAGCAUUUUACAAUCGGUUGUUUAUAAUGUAACGCUCGCAAAUACGAUUAGGAUACAUUAGGAUUCGUUAAUAUCAGCAUAUUUUAUUUGUCGUAUUGAUUUUAUUUUAUAAAAAUUAACGAAUACUAGGCUCCGCUGGUUAGACUCGUAUUCUAAAUCCCAUUAAAUGUAGUACAUCUUUUAUAUACGGCGUAAGUUCACGGCUAAGGCCGGGUCACACAAACGCUCUGUAACGACUUGCAGAACCAUUAGCGCAUUUAUAGAUUUGUAAACCAGAUCGGGUGUUGCUCGAUCGUUCUGUAUUGUUUACAGGCCUGCAAGGGUGACUUUGAUUUACAGAACCGAAUUCGAAUCUGUAACUCCUUGCAGAACGGUUUACAGAUCGAUGUUAUCAUUUUACAAGUGUUAUUGCUGACAUUUUUGAAAGUGUUGUUUUUAUUUUGAAUUUGUGUAUUGCCAAAUUUUAAAUUUAACUUAACUUAAAUUACAAUUAACUUGAAUUAUAGAUUUUUAUCCUCGUCGGCAUCAAAUGAUGAUAAGUUAAUUAUCGAGGUUAGGACUAUAUUACCGAGGCCAAGAUAUAUCCGGGAUUUCUAUUAUACAAUAAUUCGUUUAUGUUUUGAAUUUUUAUGUGGUGUUUCAAGUUGCAGUAAGUAAUUUUGUUCAAUUAAAUUGAAAUUUUUAUUAAGUGAAGCCAUUUUACCGAGAAACAAAAACAAAAUUAACAAUUUUUUUUUUUUCUUUUGGCACAAAGAUGCCAUAGUGUUAUCUGCAGUCAUCAUUGUUCAGUAGUUAACCGUGGUUCGGGGUUAUCGAAUAUAAUUAAUGGUUUAGUUCAUCCGGUAUUCAUUGUUUUCGUUUAAUUUACAGAUUCGUUACAAAUUCAUUUGCGCAUUAUUACAUAUGUUAUAUAAUAUAGAGUCAUUUUAAUUUACAGGCGUUGAGGUGUCUGUGAAAUAUUUGUACAGAAUUUUUUUGUAACCCGGCCCAAGUAUCUAAUUAUUUUAUAUUCUAUACACAUAGUUUGUUGGGUCGUAUAAAACCAAUACUUCAACCUGUGGCCAGUUUGAUACGCUGUUGUUUCUGCAUAAUUACAGUUAUUUAAUUGAUUGCAUUUGAUGACCUUUAUUAUUUAAACAGACAUGUUCUAUAAAUAUAUGUACAUUGAUAAAUAAUUGAAUAUGUAUAAAAUAUCAUUACAAUGUUAUAAUAAUUUAAUAUGUAUCAAUAAACUACCGUAAAUAAAUUUUAAAUAUAUUUUGUAUAAUUGUAAAAUACCUUUGAAUAUAUUUCUAAAACAUCCUGCGGAAUCGUCGGUGAUUUAAACAAUAUUAUUAUACGCAGGUUUAUCAGGACUACGAAAAUCCACUGGCAUUAAUCAGAUUACAGAUCGGCUAUUUGAAAGUAGUUCUGACGAAUCCUACCAAGGAGAAUCGUUAUUGUCUUUGCCAGAUAACGAAUUGUCGUAUUACCGUUUUCGUUGUGAUGCGUCUUCUGAAUGGAAGUAA